UUUGGUAUUAAGACUUGCAAUUAAAAUAUCCACCUAAAGGAUAAUAUGUUGAAAGUUUGGUUCUUAAUGCAGCAGUGUUCAGAGGUGGAGCUUUCAGAAGUUGAUUGCAUCAUGAAAACUCUAACUUCAUCAGUGGACUAAUCCACCAGUGGAGUCAUAAUUUGAUGGUUUGAACGCAGGUGAUGGAAACUUCAGAGGUCAGAACUGCUUCAAGAGAAGGGAUCAUGGAAUGGUCCCUUGUGGUGUGCAUCUUGUCUCUUCCUCUUUCCUCUCUUGCUCUUUCUGCUGUCUUUUCUUCCUGGAAGUCCUGAGGCAAGCAGCUGGCCUCUGCCAUUCCCUUCAACCACGAUGCUUCUGCCCGCCCCAUGCUGAAAUGCACUCACCUGACCAUGGACUGAAACCUCUGAAACUCUCCUUCUGCUGUCUUUCCUUCCUGGAUGUCCUGAGGCAAGCAGCUGGCCUCUGCCAUGCUCUUCAACCACGAUGCUUCUGCCCGCCACACGCUGAAAUGCACUCACCUGACCAUGGACUGAAACCUCUGAAGCUCUGAGCCAAAAGUCUUCCCACCUUUAGGUUCCUUUUCUCAGAUUGAGCUCCCCAAGCACCCCAGGAUGAGGCAGGAUGGCAUCUGCAGCAAGUCACUUCUCGGAGGAGCAGUUCCUGGAGGUCUGUGCCGAGCUCCAGAAGCCGAAUCUGUCUGGAGCCAACUGGGAGCUGCUGGUGAUUGCCUCAGGUGUCAGGGUCUAUCGGCUGUGGGACCAGAAGACUGGACUUUAUGAGUAUAAAGUCUUUGGUAUUUUAACGGACUGCCCACCAGAUCUGCUUGCAGAUGUCUAUAUGGAUUUACAGUACAGAAAAAAGUGGGACAUGUAUGUUGAAAGAGUGUAUGAGAAAGAAUGCAAUGGAGAGAUCGUGACGUACUGGGAAGUGAGUUACCCCUCUCCUAUGUGCAACAGAGAUUAUGUCUACAUCCGGCAGCGGCGAGACCUGGACGUGGAUGGGCGGAAGUUCUACGUGGUCCUGGCAGAGAGCAUCUGUCUGCCUGAAUUUCCCGAGAAGUCGGGUGUGAUCCGGGUAAAUGAGUACAAGCAGAAGCUGGCGAUUGCGAGCGAUGGCAAAGGGGGUAGCAAAGUUUUCAUGUAUCACUUCGAUAACCCGGGUGGCCAAAUUCCGUCCUGGCUCAUUAACUGGGUGGCCAAGAGUGGGAUUCCGAACUUCCUGAAUGAGUUGGUGAAAGCCUGUCAGAACUAUGUCAAGAAAAGCUGAGACAGAUAGAUGGGUGUAGUGCUUCAUGCCUGUAAUUCCAGGAUUCUGGAAGGCUGAAGGAAGAGAGUUAUAAGUUUGAGACCAACAUAGGAAACUUAGCA